UACAUAUAAAACUGGAAGAUUCGAACAAAGGCGGCGUUUACUCAACGCCUACAGAUUUCCACGGUUUUUAAAAGUAAGAGGGAGCGUUAGUAGUGAACCCAUAGAGAAGCCAGAAUUCCUCCGCUCGUCCACUCCUCGCAAUCAAACUUUCCAAGAGAAUCGCAAUAGCUCCUAUUGCAAUUGAAAUGGGAAGCUCCAAGACUGGGGUUACCGACUCAUCCGCCACUGAAUCCGACGGCGCCGUCACCAAGACCGAUUCUGACGUGGACAUUGACGACGACGGCGACUGCGAUUUCGAUUAUCCUCCUAACACCGAUUCUUGCCCCUUCCUCGAAGGAGAAAAGGUCCUUGCUUUCCAUAACCUUUGCGUUUACGAAGCCAAGGUGAGAAAAAUUGAAUACCGGGGGAAGGAGUGGAGCUUUCUUGUUCAUUAUCCUGGCUGGAGCAAAAAUUGGGAUGAAUGGGUUGGCAUGGAUCGUUUGAUGAAGUUCACGGAGGAGAAUGUGCAGAAACAAAAGGGCCUCAACAAGAAGCAGUUCUUAGAGAAGAAUACAAAGCUACCACGUUCUUCGCUGAUUAAACCAAAAAGUUCCAAUGCAGUUGCAUCUAGUCUUAUUCAUUUAAAAAGAAAAAAAAGAAAACUGGUUCGCUGCAAUCUGCAAAUAUUGGGAAGAGCCAAGAAGCGAAAGAAUGACUCCAUUAAGGAGAAGGGCACAAUACCCUUGGACAAGCUUGUGAACAUCCAACUUCCACCACCACUGAAGAAGCAAUUGGUUGAUGACUGUGAAUUUAUUACUCAUUUAGGCAAGCUUGUAAAACUUCCACGUACCCCAAAUGUUGAUGACAUUUUGAGGAAGUAUCUUGAUUACAGGUUGAAGAAGGAUGGCUUGAUAGCUGAUUCACUCAGAGAAAUUCUGAAAGGGUUACAUCGUUACUUCGACAAAGCAUUGCCAGUGAUUCUUUUAUACAAAAGUGAGCGUCAGCAAUAUGACGAAGCAAUUUCUGAUGAUGUCUCUCCAUCUACUGUUUAUGGUGCUGAACAUCUGUUGCGCCUCUUUGUUAAGUUGCCUGAGUUAUUGUACUAUGCCAACAUUGAAGAGGAGACAUUGAUGGAGCUGCAGCAAAAAUUGGUCGACUUUCUAAAGUUCUUACAGAAGCAUCAGAGUGCAUUUUUCCUCUCAACUUACCAUGUACCGGAAGAUGUUGAAACGAGCACAAACAAAGAAGAUGACUAGGUCAGAGAUGUUUGUACAUAACUCACUUAAAAAAAAAAAAUGAAAUUUUGUACAUAGUAUCGAUUAUACCAUAGAACAACAGCUUUAGGUUGGUGUCUUCUAAAUCUAUUUUCCAGGAUUUGAAAAUUUGGAAACAAGAUGUCUGUGCUUCAUGUUAAUCCUCCUUUGUAAAUGAGAGAUAUCCAACUGUAACUAUAAUAGAAAUAUGAUGAAGGAAAGCGGGGCAAUUACGGUUGA